AUGUUUGCUCAGUUCACCCAGCUGAAGAGCUUGGAUCUCCAGCAGAACCGCAUCUCCAGGUCAUCUACUAUUCAAUGGGCAUCAUGGAUGCUGUGUGAGGAAGACAAGGGGCCAGAACCUGGAGUUGUAGAAUGGCCAAAGCCUCCGCCAAAAAUAAGGAAGCCAGAUGCCACCUCCAUGUGCCGCACGUACAUGUUUCCCAAACCGCUGCUGGAUUGCAGCAACAAAGAUUUGAUUAGCAUCCCACCUGACCUGCCAUCUGACAUAGUGAGGAUGGAUCUGUCCAACAAUAAAAUAAAACAUCUCAAGCCAAAACAUUUUGUGCUGUCCAAAGACCUCAAACUUCUCAACCUCAGCAGUAACAACCUGCACCAUAUAGACACAG